AUGUCGAAGAAAUGGCAUUCUUUCGAUAUAUCGAAGAAAUGGCAUUCUCUCGAUAUAUCGAAGAAAUGGCAUUCUCUCGAUAUAUCGAAGAAAUGGCAUUCUCUCGAUAUAUCGAAGAAAUGGCAUUCUCUCGAUAUAUCGAAAAAAUGGCAUUCUUUUAAUAUAUUGAAGAAAUGGCAUUCUUUCGAUAUAUCGAAGAAAUGGCAUUCUUUCGAUAUAUCGAGGAAAUUGCAAUCUUUCAAUAUAUCGAAGAAAUGGCAUUCUUUCGAUACCGGUAUAUCGAAGCAUUGGAUAGUUUAGAGUUUUCGAUAUAUCGAAGGUGGCAUGUGCCAUGUUCCUGAUAUAUAAUUUUCACUGACUGUGGCUGCCUCCAGACAUGUUUUGGAACUAUAACAUUUUCCUCUUUUUUUCCCUUUUAUACACAUGCCUUUUACUCACUUUGCUAAAAACAAUAAAUUUUGGCCAAAUUUUUUAGCAGUUUUUUCCUCUUAGAGAUUUAGUAUCUUUUUAGUCAUAUCUUGCAACUUGGAAAAGCUAAAAUUGUUGCAAAAUGUGUAUGUUUUUGCUGAAUAUAUUUCCAGUCAUUUUUAACAUGCAUUUGAUGUGAUUUUCCUAUUAAAACAUGAAAUCUGUCAUUGUCCACAUUUGCAAUUAUUCUUAUGUUUUUAACCAAUUUUUAUCAUGUUUGAAAAGGAAUUCUUGUUUUCAUGCAGAAUUAUUACAUUUAUGUAUAGUUUCUCCACAGUCAUGGCUGUAUUCAUUGCAUUUUUUAGUGUUUUCUUUCAUUUUUCUCUCAAAUUCUGUUAAAUAGAAUAUUGGACCCUAUAGUAGAACGUGUUAUAUUGGACCCUAUAGUAGAACGUGUUAACUGUAUAUCAAUACGGAAAAAAAUGUUUUUUGUACUGUUUAAUAAACGAGCAGGAGUGUUUUAUUAGGUUUAAAGACACGAGCGCGCAGCGCGAGUGGCUUUAGACCUAAUAAAACACGACCUGCGAGUUUAUUAAACGGCUUCAAACACGACUACAAAUUCAAUAGAUUUACUGCCUUAUUAGUAUUCUUUAUAUAAGAAAUACUAAUGAGGACACGACUACAAUAGAUACUGUCUUAUUAGUAUUCUUUAUAUAAAGAAUACUAAUUAGGAGCGUUUUAUCAGGUUUAAAGCCACUGCACGUGACAUUUUAUGGUUGACAUGAUUUGCCAAUAAGCUUAUGAAUUAUUAAUGAGUGUUUGAAAUUUGUUUUAUAAUAUAGCACAAAGAAACAUAAAGAAAGAAAUUUCCGACGUUUCCGUUUUGACAUUGAGUUAUAUCAACACGGCUCUUAGCCAAUCAGCGUUCAGAAUUUACAAAUGCUAUAUUAUAAAUACAAAUAAUGAAUGUUGAUGAGUGCAAUUGUAAAAAUAUUUUUAUGCGGCGAAAUAUGGAAUUUCCGCCAUUCACUGAAUAAAAAUAAUCUUACAAUUACAUAAAAACAAUUCGUAGCUAUUUAAAGUAGUUCCUAUAUAAUGAAUGUAUUUGCUAAGCUGUCAAAAAUAUUUGGAAGUCUUUUUGAUGGUUGCAGAACAUAGUUCGUAGAAAUAUUUAGAGCCGAUGUUUGCCUGACGUAAGUUACUGACAUUGUCAACCUCGACUGAACCAAUGGUGAAAAUGCAGAAUAGGCAGUAAUUGACAGACUUUGUUUUGAGGUAAGUUGCAAACGACCAGCGAUUGAGGCAAGUUGCAAACGACCUACUUAAUAUUCUCAGAUGAUUAACAACGCGUUGCGUUCACUGUUUACUAUUGAAGCCAUAUUUGAACGUUCUCCCUCCCCCGGCGGAGGUAAUAGUAUUAAAUUUAGCAAGAAAAUGUGAAUGAACUAAACUUGUUCACUGUAGCGGGUAACUUCUAAUUUAAACAGUGGCGGGGCAAAGUGGGGGGGGGGGGGGCAAAGCCCCAAGCCCAAAUUUCCGACAAAAAUUUCUGGGUUUCGAUAACCCCUCCUGCAUUUACACUCAAUCAAUUUCGGCAAUUUUCCGUGAAGGUGGGGAGGGGCGACGCCCUCCCGCCCCACCAAGAUUUGCGCCACUGAAUUUAAACCGAAUGGCGUCAAAUCAUAGAAAUAAUAGAUAUAGAAUGCGUACUUGAUCACGAAUCAUGUCUCCACUUUUUCUCAUGCUUGCUCUUAUAAAUCCGCCAUGUUUGAAUUUGACUAGGAGUGCAACUACAAAGUAUAAACAAAGCUAAAACUACGUUUUCAUCGUCAAAACGUUUAUUUUGUUGUCUAAUUUGUAGUUUGGGGAUAGAUUUUGAGUUUUUUGAAGGCAGAAACUGUCAAAGCAAAUGUGCAGUUACAAAAACGGUGAAAAUCGUGCAGCCUUGUAAACAAAGUAUUUUCGCCGGUUUCUCGAAAUUUACUCAUAAAAUAUUUUUGCAUGCUUUGAACGUCACCACUGUCACUGUUUUGCCAAUAUCUUAUAAGAUUACAAAAUGAUAGUUCUUUCUUCGUCGGGUUUCGUUUUUCUUUGAUGUAAACGAAGGUUUUUUAUUUUUUUGAAACAAAAAUAUUUAGUUGUCGAUAGACUGUAAAUUGUCUAAAUAAUCGUCGAAAACUAUGGUUUCAAAAGCGUUGCCUCAAGCUCAAGCAACACAGAAAAAUAUGAAAAGUAAUUGUGCAAGUUCAAAAAGAUUACUGAACUUCAUUUAUAUUAUAUUUUAUUAUAUUAUAAAAAAGUUGAAAUAUUUAUAGAACAUACCUAUUGAGUUUGAGUUUGUCUUGAUUUUUCGGGUUUUGUUUUGGCUUGCACAACAACGUUGAAAAUUUAUUUUUAAACGAUGAUUUCUGUAUAUAUUCUGUUCAGAACUGUUGUUUUCCUAAGAAAAGCCCACUAGAAUGGGUUUUUAGAGACUUUUUUCACUCUUUUUCCCAUUUUAAGUCUCGAUAUGAAAAUUUUUGCAAACUUUGCAUUUGAAAAAACAAUUUGCACUCUCUGCAACUGCGCGAAAUUCCCACUGAAAUUCCCUGCCCCCUGGGAGUCUGGGAACCAAAAUGCCUUUAUAAAUCCGCCAUAUUGGAGACACAUUUUUCACUGAGAAAAGAUAGGAGUACGCAUUCUAUAUCUAUUAUUUCUAUGCGUCAAAUAGAAGGUAGUGACGUCAUGUGCAAACAUAGAAUAGCUAGUUAUCUUGUGUAGCAAGUUAUAAUGUUCCUUGUUCCAAUAGAGCGUCAAUCAAAUUAAAGAUGAGGGCAACGGCCGAAACAAAUUCUUUCAAAUAAAUUAGUGCAAAGAAAAGUUGUCGUGUGCUAUCAAUCAUAUAAAUUUAAUACAGUUUUAAAAACUUUAUGCUUGUCAAAUUUCCAUUUCAAUUCCCAAUUCCCUGAGUACCAGUACCACUUCUCCUGCCUUGAAAUCUUGAAAUGAAGGCACACAAUAUAUUUUAUAGUAAUCAGUUGUUUGCCAUUGUAAACAGAGCGAGGACGAAGUCGAAAUCUCUCCUGGUAUUAAAAUUAUUAUAAUUCCUUUUUUCUAAAACAUUACGAAUUUCCUUGUAUUCAGCCGUUGUCGUCGUCACGCCGCCUGUCUACGUCGUAAUUAGGUCUCUACGAAAUGUUCUAACUAAAAUUUUCUAUUUCCACCAUACAGCACCAAUUCAGUGUUCACCAGAAUCGCUCGACCUGUUUGUCGUUAUCGACGGCUCGAGGAGCGUUGGCUAUGUCAAUUUUGGAAAAGUGAAAACCUUCUUGAAAAAACUAGCUGAUGAGUUCCUAAUCGGCAAGAACAACGCACACUUUGGUGUGUUGCAGUACGGAGAUAAAAGGGAGAGCAGAAUAGAGUUCAACCUUGAUGAACAUUUUAGCAAUAAAAACGUUUCACGGGGCAUAGAAGAAAUGAAAUUUCUAGAUUCGCCAAGGACCGAUACUGGACAUGCUUUGUCAACAGUUAAUGAACAGGUUCGUUACUGCAUCAUGCAUAAAUUGUAUGUUAAUUAACGUGUGGCUAUUUUCUUGUAUAAUUACUAUAAUGGUAUGGUAUGGUAUGGUAUGGUAUGGUAUGGUAUGGUAUGGUAGGGUAUGGUAUGGUAUGGUAUGGUAUGGUAUGGUGUUAGUUUUAUCGCUCUACAAACGUGACGAUAUCAUAAUUUUCACCACGUGAGCAAUAUAACUGAUAUUGCCGAGUCUCAAAUGUGAUAACUUAUUUAUCACAUAUAUUUGUGUCUUAAUCACGCUUUAGAUAGCAUAAACGAGUUUAAAAACUUUAGUUCUUAAUUUAAAUAAGUAAUCCUCUGUGACAUGUAUUUCCCUAAAGAACUUCAUAAGGUGCUACCUCACCUGAGGUUUUUCUUUUCGUGCCGCCAUUCGGAUUUGAUAUAUUACGUCAAAUAUUUAUAUUACGUCAAAACAUACUAAAUUGCUAAUGUAAUAGUCUAAUAUGGAGCACUGUAUAAUUAAUAAGCACUGUGUAAUUAAUCAAUUUUUCUCUAUAGAUAUUUAAUGGAAAAGGUGUUGACCGACCGGACGUGCCAAAUAUAUUGAUUUUAUUCACGGACGGUCUUGCACACGAUAUCAGGCUCGCCUACGAUCAGGCAGAAGAUCUCAAGAAAAAAGGUACAAGACUCAUCGUCAUUGGAGCUGGCAAGAGAGCUAAUGAAGUCUUUAAACAAAUAAAACAUAUGGCUUCCAGAGUAAAAGAUGCGCAUAAAUCAAAAUUUGACCAACUUUCUGGCAUCGUGGAUGAUUUACUAGACGUGGUUUGUACUUAACGGGUACAGUCGAAAUGAACCAAUAUUUGUAGAGAAUACGUGGGCUACAGUACAUACAUAUAACUGUUAUUCCCACUAAGAAUAUACUGUCUAGAACGACAUGUAGAUCAUUGUGUUGAAUAUGGGCACAAAAAUUGAAACUAAUAUUUGUAUAGUAGUAUAAUGUAAAAGAACGUUCAGUGAUCCUUUACGACAUGUACUGUCUUGUAACUUAUCACAACCCUGUUAUUUCUGCAUAAAAGUCUUUCUCCUUCGCAGGAGAAAAUUAUUGCCAUUACAAUGAAAAAAGAAAAGAGCACAAUCCUUCAUUCUCUAACGCUUCGGCCUCACUUAAAACCUACAAAGC